AUGUCUUACAGACCCUACGGACACCUCAAUGUGCUCGACACCAGCACACAGGAAACCUGCAUCCAGUUGCAGAUCCGUUAUGCUUGUGGUCACUCGACAGGCGGCGAGUUCAUCAAAUGUCCACGACACAUGGAAAAAGAGGAUGAACGCUGCCCUGGCCGUCAAAUCCAACACAUUGAUGCCAAGAAUUCGUCACACAAGUGCCGCUUAUGCCUGCGAAGCGAGUGA